UUGAGCCUUUUGACUUUGAAACAUUUCGCUUUUGUUUUAGUAAAAAAAUGUACUUUCCAUACCCUUAUACGCAAUACUAUCCGCAACCGCAAUCGUCAAUGAUGCCGCACCCGGGCGGUAUUCCGAUCAAUCCGCCUCCGCGGCCUCUGCCGCCUUUCACUUAUCCACAACCGGAAUACUACGCUCCGCCCAAGCGUCGCCGCGAUGAGUACGACGGUGCAGCUGCCCCCGGAUUUGGUGAGCUAGAAGGACCGGCACCGCCUAAACGCUUAAAAACGCAAGACGUUAUAUUCAGAAUAGUAGUUCCGUCGAGGCAGAUCGGUAAAGUUAUCGGGAAAGUUGGGUGUCGCAUUCAGAAGAUUCGAGAAGAAACUAAAGCUACUAUUAAAAUAGCUGAUGCCAUUGCGCGUCAUGAAGAGCGCGUGAUAAUUAUAAGCUCGAAAGAGAGUGAUAAUGCUGUGUCUGAUGCGGAGAAUGCUCUUAAGAAAAUAGCUGCUCUCAUUCUAACAGAAGAUGAUAGUCCGGCGGAGGCGUCUGCGGUGGUUGGUGCAGGGCAUGUGGCUGCAAACACUAUACGAAUCUUGAUAGCGGGUUCCCAAGCCGGUUCUUUAAUAGGGAUAUCUGGUCAAAAUAUUGAGAAAUUAAGGAACUCGUCCGGUGCCUCCAUUACUGUACUCGCUCCUAAUCAGUUGCCUCUUUGCGCUUCUGCUCAUGAAUCUGACCGAGUUGUGCAGAUUUCAGGAGAUGUGUCUAUUGUGCUAAAGGCUGUAGAGGAAAUUGGUUGUCAACUUAGGGUAAACCCACCUAAACAGGUGAUUUCUAUCAGUCCUACGUACAACUAUGGAACAAUACGACCUACUCAACCAUAUGUUGACCCAACUUCAGCUGAAUACGUAACGUUGGAGAUGAUGGUCUCAGAGACAAUGAUGGGUGGUUUGAUCGGAAGAUGCGGCUCAAAUAUAUCAAAGAUUAGAAAUGAGUCUGGAGCUGUAAUCAAGGUACAUGGUGGAAAAGGUGAAAGAAAACACAGGAGCAUACAAUUUGGUGGCACUGCUCAGCAGGUAGCAUUGGCAAAGCAGAGGGUAGAUGAAUAUAUUUAUUCACAAUUGGUACAACAAUCUGGCGAUGGUCAAGCUCAACAGCCACUGUUGGGGAGAUGAGGAAGCUGGAGACCUAUGAGCUUCAAUAGAAAUACUGUUGCACAUUAUUUACAACUCACGCUUUCCUUCAUCAAGAUCAAGAUGAGCCUUGUAAUAUUGACUAUGCUUCUUGUUAGAUAUCUGUACAAGACUUCUUUUAUAAAAAAAAAAAGUGCUUGAUUAAAGAACAUCAGUAUGUAAUGAAUCUGACUUGACUUCAUUUUGAGAAGUAUUAAUUGCAAAAAGCGAAUACCAGUGUGUUAGAUUUGGAGCA